AUGUGCAGUACUGUAUUACUAAUUUGUUCCAUGUGUGUAUUCGUAGUAUCGAAAUAUUUAUUAAUUAUUUUACGCGAAUCAGUGGUUGCAAUGGUGAUUUCUAACCCAUCCAGACUCAAUGUUUUGAGUAGGCUGAUAUUGACAAUUGUAUUGGCUACUAGGGGUAUCAGUACGAACGCUGAAAUAAGUGGUUCUGUGUCGACAAGGCAAUCUAUGAAAAACGAUCCCGAUUCAUACUUCAACGAUGUCUCCGUUCGUGGGUUUAACAAGAUAUGGAAGAACAGGAUGGUACCGGCCAUGAAAGGAAGCUAUAACAACGACGAUAUCUUCGAGUCUGAGUUUGACGAGAGUGAAAGAGAGGAUUCUAUCGCAUAUCCAGAUUUCAACGAUAGAGAUAUCUCCAAAGGAAUGGACGCCGAGAACAAAGAUGAUGUUGCUGCCGCGGAGGGUCUGCCUAAAAUAGUGCCGCAGUACAUGAUUGAACUUUAUCAAAAGUUUGCAGAGGAUAAGUACGCGCAUCCUACAGCAAGUAUUAUACGAAGUUUUUCCAACGAAUAUGUCGGCGAAUACUUGGAAAACGACUCGGGUUUAAACGCACUCCAAGUUGGCAGGGAACAGCAAGCCAGCCUUACCACACGGGAAUACAAUCUCCUAUUCAACGUGACGUCCCCGAGACACGAGUGGGUAAAUAUGGCGGAACUUCGGAUUUACGUGAGAGUUCGUAGCCUUGGAAACCAAUUGGCAUCAGGUGUUCUGUAUCGAUUGACCAUUUUCCAAACGACGGAGAACAAAAUGGUGUCCCUUGCAUCCAAGUACUCAUAUGAAAAUAAAGAUGGGUGGCAAACUAUAGAUAUUUCAGAAGCUGUCAGAAAAUGGGUGGAGGACCAAAGAAAUGUUCAGCAAUUGAUCCUCCGAGUGGAAAAUAUCGCCGAAAUCGCUGCUGGAAAUAUUUGGAUAGAUAUGGACAAAGUGGAUAAGCGGGAGCCUAUAUUAGUAGUGUUCUCAAACGACAGAAGCGCGGCUGGAAUGCGGCUUGAAAGACUGCAGGAGCGCGAGGAGUUUAUUGAACAUGAAAUUAGUGUUGGUUUGCCGCAGAAAUCGGAAAACGCGCUGAAUAGAAUGAAAAGAGCAGGCUCAAAAAACGCAUGUCAACGGCAACCAAUGUACGUCCACUUCAAAGAUAUUGGCUGGGAUGAGUGGAUCAUUGCACCGAAGGGAUACCAAGCUUACCAGUGCAAUGGCAAAUGUACCUUUCCUCUGACGGAUCAUUGGUCUCCUACAAAACACGCUAUCGUGCAAACGUUAGUCCAUUCAGCGAAACCCUCCAAAGUUUCCCGCGUGUCAUGCGUUCCGACGAAACUGGACCCGAUUUCUAUUUUAUAUUAUGACGAUGCUGGCGUUGUGACGUAUAAGUACAAAUACGACGGUAUGGUUGUUGCCGAGUGUGGCUGCAGAUAG